AUGGGUAUCAGCCCUCUUCUUACCCACAAGCUCGGGGCUGCCACACCUGCACACCUGGACCACCUACACAGAGACGUGCACACACACCUGGACCCCUUCCACGCACGCCCAGACAUGCUAACACCUGUAAACAAUGCACACACGUGUCCACACACCACCCAGCCCUCAUUCAGUGCACACGUAAACAGUCCCGAGUGUCGAUAUGAAGCGCGCGCUACGGGUGUGCGCCCCCGGCCGCCCCCCACCACCGACCGGCCACAAGCCCAGUCUCCUUGCAGUCAGUCCGAGGAUCACCCUCCGCCCGCGCGCUGUUUGCUCCUGGUCCAGCGCAGACACUGGGUGUCCGCUACACAGUUCGCGACCCUCCCUCGCUGGCCAAUCACCGUAGCGCGCGCCUCCCCCCGCCCAUCACCCAUGGCCUCCCUAGCCUCCCCCACGCUGUCUUCUACAUCCCCCGCCAGCUCCCCUCCCUACCAUUACCUUCUCCCCUUCUCCCGCCCCCAAAACCGGCCCCUGGUGCUCGAGGGCUGCCUCCUCAUCCCCCGGGUCCGAGGGCGGCGCCAGACUGAAGCUGGGCGGCGAGUGGAGCGGAGGGCGGCGCAGGGGUCCCGGGUUCGAGGUUCCCGCUCUCCGGCUGGUAAAAGCCGCUCAGCGCCCGAACCCCGGGCGGACCUCAGUUUCCCCAAGCGCCGCGGUGCUGAGGGCCGGGGUCCCAGGGGUGCAGCCCCCCGCGGCUGCGCGUUGGGCCGGGCGGAUGACAUCACCGGGCCGGGGGGCGGGGAGGGACGGGCGGCAGCGGGCGGGAGCGGGCGGCCUCCUAGGCCAGGCGCAACGCCCGUCCGCAAGGGCAGCUUCAUCCACAAGCCGGCACACGGCUGGCUGCACCCCGAUGCCAGAGUCCUGGGGCCCGGGGUCUCCUACAUCGUGCGGUACAUGGGUUGCAUUGAAGUCCUCCGGUCCAUGCGUUCCCUGGAUUUUAACACUCGCACCCAGGUCACCAGGGAAGCCAUCAACCGCCUCCAUGAGGCUGUGCCGGGGGUCCGGGGGUCCUGGAAGAAGAAGGCCCCCAACAAGGCGCUGGCCUCCAUCCUGGGCAAGAGCAACCUACGUUUUGCCGGCAUGAGUAUCGCGGUCAACAUCUCCAUCGAUGGUCUCAACCUCUCGGUGCCAGCCACGCGCCAGACCAUCGCUAACCACCACAUGCAGUCCAUCUCCUUCGCGUCCGGUGGUGACACGGACAUGACGGAUUACGUCGCCUACGUCGCCAAGGACCCCAUCAACCAGCGAGCCUGUCACAUCCUGGAAUGCUGUGGCGGCCUCGCGCAGAGUGUCAUCAGUACGGUGGGCCAGGCCUUCGAGCUGCGAUUCAAGCAGUACCUGCACAGCCCCCCCAAGGUGGUGGUGCCUCCGGAGAGGCUGACCGGGCUAGAGGACUCGGCCUGGGGGGAUGAGGAGGCAGCAGAACACAAUUACUACAACAGCAUCCCUGGGAAGGAGCCACCCCUAGGUGGGCUGGUGGACUCACGGCUGGCCCCGUCACAGCCCUGCGCCCUGGGUGCUCUUGGCCAGGGAACAUCUCCUGCUCGAAGAGAUGCCCGUGGCCUUCUGUGGGAUCUGGGACCCUCAGGUACAGCCCGGCCAGGGGACGGCUAUGUGCAGGCAGAUGCCAGGGGGCCCCACGACUACGAGGACCACCUCUAUGUCAACACGCAGGGUCUGGAUGCUGUGGAGCAGGAGAAGGCUACACCCCCACAGCCUGAGGAGAGCCCUCAGAAGGACCUAUUUGACAUGCGACCCUUCGAGGAUGCCCUGAAGCUCCACGAGUGUUCGGUAGCGGCGGCCCCCACUCCCUUGGAGGACCAGUGGCCGAGCCCCCCGACCCGCAGGGCUCCCAUCGCCCCUACGGAAGAACAAUUGAGGCAGGAGCCCUGGUACCACGGCCGGAUGAGCCGCCGAGCAGCGGAGAAAUUGCUUCGGGUCGAUGGAGAUUUCCUGGUUCGGGACAGCGUCACCAACCCGGGGCAGUACGUGCUGACAGGCAUGCACCUGGGGCAGCCUAAGCAUCUGCUGCUCGUGGACCCUGAGGGCGUGGUGCGGACGAAGGACGUUCUGUUUGAGAGCAUCAGCCACCUCAUUGACUACCACCUGCAGAAUGGGCAGCCCAUUGUGGCCGCCGAGAGUGAGCUGCACCUGCGAGGUGUGGUCAAGCGGGAGCCCUGA